AUGCCUACUCAAGACGACAAGAGUAAGGCUGACAUGAAGGCUGCCACUAGAGCUAAGGAGAACGCCACGCAAAAAGCUUAUCACUGCGAUCUGGGGCCCGCUCAGCUCCUGAGUGAACACAUGGACGCCUCUGGUAAUCCAGUGCCCGAACCCACUUGGGGCACACAAUCAAAGAAGACCAAAGAUCCGCUUGACGAUGAUGCCGAUCUGUUCGGCGCCAUGAACGCAGAAACUGCCGACUUUGACUGA